AUGUGGCUGAAGGAGAAGAAAACACCGCUCGAGGUCUUCAAUUCCCUGGGGUUGGAUACAGGAACGAAGAAUCUUCUAACGAACCCGAAGCUCAAGACUUGGAGUUUCUUCGUGCUGGAUUACAACUGGAAGAGUCCUGGCCAGGCAGCGAGCAUGACAGCGGAAGGCCAGCGGAAGAAGAACUCGGGGGUGAGGACAGUCGCCAGGGCGCUUCAGGCGGAGCAAUUUGAGGGGUGGUUUCUCAAGGGACUGCCCCCCGACGUCGUGUUCAACGUGUUGAAGCUUGACAAAGUGGGAGCUGAUAAACUCCUUUCCGCCCCAACUUUCAAGGUUUGGUACAACUAUUUCCAUUCGCUGAACCGGUACAACACAAACAAGGAGACAGAUAUGAUCAAGCACUUGCAGGGUGUUUACAACGACGUCCCAUUGGCGAAGGCGAUCGUGGUGGCGAAGAAGGACAAGGCCACGCAGGCCAUUGCAACCAAGCUACGGCAAACGCAGUUUCAGAACUGGCUGGUUGAAGGGAAAACCCCCCACGCGAUCUUCCAAAUGCUGAUGAAGGAUAGGAUGCAUUGGACGCACGAGGAUGUAUACUGGGGGUACAAGGCGUUCUACACGAACAUAUCGCGCAAGAAUGCAGCCAUGGUACCGUCGAUACUCUCGUCGGACGAGGCAGCGGGUUGCCCUCAAGUCAUCGCGGUGUUGCAGUUUGAUCACGAUUAG